AGGCUGAGGAAGACGAUUAAGGAAGCUUUAUACACAGCACCAGACCGAGAUUGACUCAACCAUGAGAUUUGUGGCAGUAAUUGCAGUGUUCUGUCUCAUCACAACGCUUCAUGCGCAGGACAUUCUUGGAAAGCAAUAUCUGAAUGAAUUAAAACGCAAACAGAUUGAAGAUGGUCUUAAUAGCAUCGACAAUUGUAUUACAAAAAUCAGUCAUGAGCUUACAAAGUUAAAAAAAGAUGUUCAAAGGCUGACAUGCAAAGAAUUUAAAUCAUGCAAGGAAAUAUUCGAUAAUCAAAGGAAUAAUACCGCAAGUGGUGUUUACGAAAUCAGUGAUGGUUCAAAUCAAGUGAUGAACGUCUACUGUCAGAUGUCAUCAGUCUCAGGUUGUUCUGGUGGUGGAUGGACAAUGGUGAUGAAAAUUGAUGGAAACCAGAGUACCUUUGGAUACAGUUCUAGUCAUUGGACCAACAAGACCACUUUUAAUGACAAUGACUAUGGAAGAAACGGAGGUUUUGACAACCGAGAGUUCAAAGAAUCAACAUAUUGGAAAACUUCAUUCAAUGAGGUUUGUGUCGCGAUGAAAUAUGGAGGUGAACUCAGAGCCCUUUCUUUCUCGCAUCCAGCAUCGUCCUUGUAUCAUCUGAUCGCUGACGGCAUUUAUCGUCAAACUCACAUUAGUCGCUUCCAAUGGAAACAGCUCAUCAAUGGAUCAUCUUUACAGCGUAAAUGCAACAGAGAGGGAUUCAAUGUUAACCCCAGACCUGGCCUGAACGUAAGAGUUAGGUUGGGCAUUGUUGGAAACGAGCAGAAUCAUUGUAACUCAGCUGACUCAUUCGUGGGUCUGGGAGGUGAAGGCGGUACUUCGUAUCUAAUGAGAUGGUGUGGUUCUUCAUUUUCCCUCAACACAGCAGGUAACCUUGCCCAGUGUUCACCAGACAACGGAACCAAAAACCUCAAAGCAAUGGGAUACAUACUGGUUCGUUGAAGGCAUCUCCGCACCUCCAACUGUCCUUGUCCUAUCCUUAUAUACUCAAUGAUUGGACUGAUUCAGAAAUUGAUCUGUAGUGUCGAAGAACUUUAGUACAUUGUAAUAUUAGUAAGAGUAAUUUAGUGAAAGCAAAUGCCUUUACUUUUUUGAUGACAAUUAAAAAU